ACAACCUCUGCUGGGACCUCCUCACCACAUAAAUUGGGGAGCUCCUGACUGUCUCAGCACCAGACAGCAGAGGUUCUCCCAAGCUCUACUUGCCUCCUACAGCUCCAGCCACCACUCCUCAGCUGACAUGAAGGUUUCUGUGUCUGUCCUCGCCAUUCUCCUCGCCACUUGCUGCUGUCACAUCUCUGCUGCACCACUUGGCUCUGACCCACCCACCUCCUGCUGCUUCACCUACACCUCCCGGCAGCUGCCCCGCAGCUUCGUGGUGGAAUACUAUGAGACCAACAGCCAGUGUCCCCAACCUGCUGUCGUGUUUGUCACCAGGAGGGGCCGCCAGGUCUGUGCUGACCCCGAGCAGAGCUGGGUCCAGCAGUACGUGAGUGACCUGGAGCUGAACUGAGGGGACAGAACCCACCCUGCCACCUGCCUGCCUGUCACCAUGGGCAAUGCCUCAGCUCCUGACACUGCUUGUCUGAAGAGAGCUUGGAAACUGAAAAUGUUCCAGAACCUGACUUCGGUGUUUGCUAUGUAAUUUAUUUUUUUU